CUCUCUUUUUCUCUCUCUUUCUCUUUUUUAAUCUCUCUCACGCCUCUUUAUCUUCUCUGCCUCUAUAUUUAGCAACCCUUUUUCUCACCUUUCCCAAGUUUAGCAGCAGAGAACCCAAGAAGCCAAAAACAGAGCUCCUUCUCAUACUGAUAUAUAUAAAUAUAUAUAUUUAUAUAAAAAUAAACACAGAGAUAGAGACAUAUAUAGAGAGAGAGAGAGAGAGAAAGAGAGCAUCUUUGUAUUGACAAACACACACACCAAAACUUGCUUCUUUAUCAAGUUUUUGUUAAAGGGUUUUGAUCAGAAUUUUGGGUUUGAGGCUUAAGAAGAAGAAGAAGAAGAAGAAAAAGCAAAUAUGGGAAGAGGGAAGAUUGAGAUCAAGAGGAUUGAGAAUGCAAAUAGCAGACAAGUCACAUUCUCAAAGAGACGUGCUGGUUUGCUCAAAAAAGCUCAGGAGCUUGCUAUUCUUUGUGAUGCUGAGGUUGCUGUUAUUAUCUUCUCCAAUACUGGCAAGCUGUUUGAGUUUUCUAGUGCUGGUAUGAGGCGAACGCUUUCAAGAUACAACAAGUGUCUAGAUUCUAUGGAGACUUCUCCAGUAGAAUACAAAGCAGAGAAGCAAGAAUCUAAGGAGCUGGAUGUUCUAAAAGAUGAAGUGGCAAGGCUACAAAUGAAACAGUUACGGUUGUUGGGUAAGGAUCUGACUGGUGUGGGCUUAAAAGAAUUACAGCACAUUGAGCAGCAGUUAAGUGAAGGGUUAUUGGCUGUGAAGGAGAAGAAGGAACAAUUACUGAUGGAUCAACUGGAGCAAUCAAGACUGAAGGAGCAGCGGGCUAUGCUGGAGAAUGAAACUUUGCGCAAACAGGUUGAGGAGCUUCGAGGUUUCUUUCCACCUGCUGAACGCCCAGUCCCGUCUUAUCGUGAAUAUUACCCUACAGAACGGAAGAAUUCCCGUGCCAAUCAUGGUGUUGUGAGUCCUGAUCCGGGUUGCGAAAUUGAAAAAGAAGAUUCAGACACCACCUUGCAAUUAGGGCUGUCAACUGAAAUUUAUCGCAAGAUGAAGGAACCUGGGAGAGAAACCCAUUCCAACGACUCAGGGAACCAAAUGGACUUCCUAUGAUCCAUUUCCUUUUGCUUCCAAUAGAAAUGACAGAAUCAAAAUGAACUUGAUACAGUUGAGUCCAGUUUUAGCAGUUUCUGCUGAUGCCCCAUUUUAAUCUUGAAAGAGAUUAAAAAAAAAAAUGUUAGUCUUAGGUGACCCCAAAAUCAGGGUGAAGAUAUAGUUUUUCCAAUUUUAGGAGGUUUGAGUAUGCAAAAAGUUGUAGCUAGUUGAUCAGUUUCUGAAGGAAUGGCUAUGAACAAUGCAAACUAUGUCAGCUUUAUUUUAGUUUACAUCAAAAGGGGUCUGUAGAGUGUAGGCUUUUUAUUAUCUAUUGCAUAAAUUAUCU